GGGUGUAUCCGGAUGGAAACGCGGGUGGUGGAGGAGGCGUUCCGCGAGGACGAAGGCGGGAGAGCAGAGAAGGCGCAAACGCCGAGAGGAGCCUAUUAUCUGCGCUCCAGGCAGCCGCUGCGCCAGGAAGCGGUGGAGAUGCAGACUCGGCAGAGAACCGGGGCCAAGCAGCUGGGGCCGGAGGCCAGGCGGCGGGACGCCCAGGCUUUGGAAAAUGAAGUGUCCGCAUACAGAACCAGAAGACAAAGGGACAACACAAAUUACAACAGCCAGACACACUUGACAGAAGGGAGUGAAAGUGCAUUUGGCAUAGUAGAUAUAUCGCCUUUGGUUCGACCGAGUAUAAGAAAGAGUCGACAGACAGAAAACACGCUCUCCAGUGCAAGUAGAGAUCUCAAAAGGAAUGAGUCAGAUGAUGAUGAGGAGGAGGAAGAUGAAGAGAAUGCUGAUGGCUACAGUGAUGACAAUGAAUCUGAAAAUGAUGGGGAAAAUUAUAAGACGACUAAUGUGUGUCAACCACCAAGCAAUAAUGGAAGCGAUGUUUUGCAGUCGUCCCUUCUGUCAAAGGAUCCCCCAACAGUUGUACAAAAACGAGUGUUUAACCAGAAGAUGACAUUCAGGAGAUCAAAUGAAGCUGAAUCUCAAGUUCAACCCAGUACGCUGAAGAAGCAUUCACAGCCUGCAGCCAAAAAGCCUGUUGGACAGUCCAGUUCAGGAUGGUUUAGGAUGUGCAUUUUGGUAUUAGCAGUAGCUUCCGUUACUGUUGUAUGGCAUGUCUGGAAGAAUCAAUCCUCCAAGACUUUGCCGAGGGAAGAAAUCAAAGUUGUGCAAGCAUUUGAGACCCAGAUGAAGAAACUUAGGAAUGUCUAUCCAAAUCAGGAUCCAAGACUGUGGGAGAGAAUCCAAAUGUUCCUUGUGAAACGACUCAAUACCACCCAUCCCCACUCGCAGCCUGCCAUCUUACUGCUCACAGCUGCUCAAGAAGCUGAAAAGUCUCUAAAGUGCUUAAGUAACCAGAUUGCUGAAGCUUAUUCCUCCUCGCUGAGUGCUGCCACAAUCGAGAUUGAUGGGGCUGGAAAAGCCACGCUGGAUAGUGAUGUUGUCAAGCUGGAGGUAGAUAAUAAGCUAAGCUCUGGGUUCAAGGAAGGUAAAAAAGCAGCUGUGGUGCAUCGAUUUGAGUCUCUGCCUGCAGGCUCCACUUUGAUCUUCUACAAGUACUGUGACCAUGAAAAUGCAGCAUUUAAGGAUGUAACUCUUCUGCUAACCGUCCUUCUGGAUGAGAAGUCACUGGGAAAGAACCUCAGGCUGCUGGAUGUUGAGGAGAAAGUGCGGGAUUUUCUCUGGGACAAAUUCACCAAUUCAGACACUCCCAGCUCCUAUAAUCACAUGGACACAGAUAAGCUGAGUGGACUGUGGAGCCGCAUAUCCCACCUGGUCCUGCCUGUUUGGCCUGAAAAUGCUCUCUCUAAAGAGGGCUGCUUACAGAUGGAUUAAAUAUAAGACAUGUGAGGAUAGGAAAACAGUGUUGUGGUAUCUGGGCAGUGCAGAACUUAACUGCUGAGCUGAGGCAGCACACAAUAUUCUCUGUGCAGAGCAAGGAUUGGUAGGGUUAUUCCAUUUAAAAGAACUGGAGUUCUCUCUAGACAGUUGGAGAACAUAAGUAUGGAGCACAGCUGUUAGGUUGGUCUCUCCUCAGUAACUCACUGGGCCCAGUGCUCUGUAGGUAGAAAUAUCUUGCCCCCAUUGUAGAGCCAUCCCUCUGUAUGUAAAGCUGUUCUUGUGUGCAGUAGACAAGUGUCUCUCUGCUGAAACUUUUCCAGCAGUAGGUAGUACUGCUAUUGGGUCUGGCAAGAUAAUGGGAUUUAGCGGAUUCUACAGACUCUUCUCCUGUCUCCUCUACCUACUUGCAAUCUACCAGAAUAACAUUUCCCCUCUAUUCUCAGAGGCUUAAUUUUAUUAAUUGGCAAUGGAGAUGGGGCUACAUGUAUCCAGCCAUCAGCUUUCUUUCUCCAGCUGACCAUGGCCUUGGGUAUAAGUUACCUCUGCAUGUUUCCUGGACUGGCUGAAUUGUAUAGAAGAUUUUCUGGUUCAGGAGAGACUUCUCAAAGCUGUUUUUGUUCUGUUUAGAAGAUCCUGGUGCCUCCCUCCCUCUUCCCCCCCCCCCCCCAAAAAAAAAAAAAAAAAAAAAGCUCUGGAGGCUGGGAUGAACAAGGUGCAAGUGAUUGCUCUGGGUGUUGUUAACACAUCAGUUAACAAAGUAACCUCUUAGUGCAUCUGCUUCCCAGAGCACCCAGGAAUCCUCUGUUCUGCAUCCAGUUUUAAGACCUACAAAUCUUGAGGAGGAAGUGUUAAAUGCUGUUCCAGUGUGUGCUAAAAAGACCUCACCAAACCCUUCUCAAAGGCCUAAGAUGUGUACAUUCUGAACAGAUUAUUUUGGCUAGGCCAAAGGUUUUAUUCAAAGAGUAUUUUUACAUCAAGAGGAUUUGUUUAUUACAGUUGUAAGCCUUGUCCCAAAUGAGUCCCCUGUAUGUCUGCAUAAAACCUAAUGCUUCCUAUGUAAAUUUUAAGAAAAAUAGACUUGAUAUGCGUGUGUUGAACAUAUUUUAUUGAGCGGCUCAUGCCAAAAAUCCCUAAAAUUUAUCACCAAAUGAAAAUCAUGUAUGUAUUUCUAUACCCACAGAAGAAUUGUCAUACUUUCAUGCAUCUCUGCUGCCUAGUAUCUCAUCUUGGUUGUCUCUUGUUCCAGAUCCAUUCAGUUUUUUUGGAUUUGAAGGAAACUGCUCACAUUUAAGAAACGUUUUCUUAUAAUUGCUGUCAGAUUGAUGGCACUCUAACACAUCCAUUACUCAAUCUUCCCCUUGCCUUGCUAUAAAAGUCCUUAAAAGGGAUUUAUCUGUAGGGGGUGGAAGGGCAGCUAAGUCCGCAUGCUGAGACUACCAGAAAAGACACUGGUUUGCAAUCUGAAAUGGGCUGGAUUAAUGACCAGUGCAAGAAAACUCCAUAGACUUGGAGCUGUGACCACUUAUGCCAGUGGUGGAUUUGGCUCUUCUUCUUUGAGAACUGGAAACUGACCACGAAUUUGUUUUAUGUAGUGGUAUUUAUACAGCAAAGAGACAUGGAAGUGCUGCCAUUUUGUGUGUAAGAACAGCUCAUGAAGAAAAGAGAUUUAAAUGUUACAAACACUUCCGCUGGACAAGGGUUUUUUAAAAUCAUAUGUUAGUUUAUCAGUUGGAAAUGACCAGUGAUUUGUAAAUAAUUUAAAGAACCUAUUUUAGUAACCAUGAGAAAUAAAUUUACCUAUUUGUUUUAUAA